AGAAGGUACCAGGAUCAAUACUACUAAGUAUACACGCACAGUCCAAAACGAAGGUGAAGCAGAACUUUCCCAUUUUCUUCCGCGCCCCGCGCCCCGCGCCCGCCCAUGGAAAACUAUUUAAGGUUAGAGCUGAACUGGUUUCGUUGCAACGAGUGUCUCCACACAGGAACGCCGAAGAAGCAUCAGCAUCUCAAACCAAGAACAGCGUUUGAUGAUCAUGGCCACAAUGGCUGAGGAUGGCAAGCAAACCAACAGGCCUGCAACCAUCCAGUUGUCCCCCUUCAGUCUCUCCUCAAUCAAAGUCUCGGCAUGACGGUCAUCUUGUAGGCGCGUCGCCUCGCAAACGACCAGGCGAUCAGCUUCUCCGUGAUGGAGAUACAAGUAAAGCAUUGGACGGCGUUGACACCAAGGAAUUGACACCGACGAGAAGCGUACUCGAUAUCCAUUGCAACUCGAUACUGCCGUCAUCGUCGUCCAACGAAUUCAAGCGCCAACGAUUAGAAUCUCCGGAAGAACAAGGCAGUUGGUCGAAAAGUGAUCCUCGGCGAAUUAGUCUGGAGCCAGAUGAUAUCCAAGAUAAUCCACCAAAACUUGCUGCCAAUGGAUCCUUGCCUCCUGACAGCGGGGAAAAUGCUGGAGAUUACGACGACGAUAGCUCUGUGGAAAUAUUGUUGACAAUACAACCCCCAACGCCCAAGAAAAUGCUGCCCAAGAAAAUGCCAGAGAUUGCCACUGAUAACGGAACCAAUGCUGAGAACAAGACAAUUCAGUUCAAUACUGCGGAUGAAGUAGUAGUAUCCAACGAAGGACCACCAAUGUCGUUAUCGGAUGCUGCAAUGAAGCGACAAAGUCCAGAUAUCACCACUCAAGGAAAUGAAGAUAAAAGAGAUGAUCAACUUCACAAUCCACACAGCACUGUUCCAAUGAAUGCUAACAAUGACACUCCCAUGUUGCAAAGCCCCAAGUCAGCAUCGAAGAGCCCUUUUGAAGAGGAAGAUAGACUCAGUGAAUCAGAGGAGACACCAGUGCAGCUGUGUGCCACAGAUGAAGACAGAAAGAUGCCAGCCAGACCAACUCCGGGGCCUGACGGCCUGGAUAUCGGUUCAAUGCAAUCUACUUCUACUGCCAACAGGGAACAGAAUCAACAAUAUUCAUUCCUCACAUCAGCCUAUGUGCAAAAUCUCGCUGAGAUAUGCCACACCAUCUUGGAAGACAGGCGAUGGCGAGUGGGAAUGAGCAGCAAGCCACUGUUUGCCUGGGAAUACGGCGAUGACUUGAGUGCCGUCAUUCCACUGGCCCGUCGCUUUCGCCCAGUCUAUUCACGGGAAACACAAAAGCCUGUGUGCCAGGGAUUACCUUGGUGUCCAAAUAAUGAGCAGGUGAAUAGUGCUGCUAGCCUCUUCAAUUCGUCAACUCCAUCCGACUCGCCAGACGCUCAGAAACCAGCUGCCACAGCCGCUUCCCCCGCUCCGCUUCCAAGUCAUCCAGAGAAUAGCGAUUCUUCUUCUUCGGAGGGUGCAACUGAUCCGCCGGAAGAUGGCGAAAUGAAAGAGAGCGAGAUGGACACUACCACCAUUGAGAAAUCGAGCAACAAUGCUCGUGACGAUGAUAUCGACGAAGCGGAACACAGGUGCAUACACCUUUACUGUCGUCUCUAUUAUCGAAAGGGGCCCUGGUACCGUGUGGACGACCUCUACUCGCGGUAUUAUGCGCCAAAACAACCGGGGGGCGACCAAGGCGUCGCUGGGCAGCGUCGCAGUACAGUCUUUGAUGAAGGGCUCUUUCAGAAGCACUGUGAGGCUUUGAACGUGUGCUUGGGAGAUGUAACGAGGCUCAAAGAGAUGGGCUUGAUUCGCCAGUUUCUGUCCGAGAAGGAAUGCGGACAAACCGUUGGGACAUCAUGCGGGCCAUUGACGACCGAAGAGAGGAGCGCCCUCCUCGGAAAACUCGGCGGCGGCAAGAAGAAGGCGACAAAGAAAGGACUUCCCAAUGCCACGACGGACCGAGGUGGCAAGACCUCCUCGUCAGCUUCAAGAGAGAACGAAAUCUGGAGACAAAUGCGCCUUCAGAAGUCCCUUUCCGCACACUUUAGACCAUCGAACUCAGCAGAAAAAGGCUCGCUUCUGCCAGUGUUGCGACACGUGAAUCAUCUCCUGGUGGAAAAGCUUGCGGCUCGCGUUGCUCAGGCGUGCGGCUCCUCUCGGAAAGACCACAGGACCCGUGUCAAAAAGACGAUUGCAGGAUUUCUCGCCGACUGCCCGACAAACCCUUUUCUCAACGAACCUCAGAUGAAUGCUUUGUUUGGGAAGUUCGGAAUGUGCGUGCGAUUACGAGAGGCCCCUCUUCGUUCGCUUCAACGAUGUUCAAGGCUCUAUAUGUGUGCUGGAGGUGGGCCUGGGCAAAUGCGUAGUGAUGGUGGCACCAAUGGCUGGAAGAGCAUUUUGGAAGUGGACCUCACGCGUGUAAAGGCAAACACCAAACUGAAAGAUGCGAAAUACGCAAUGAAUGUGGAACCUCCAGGGAGUCAUUCGUGGCACAAUGUGAGGUAUCCGGGACUUCAGCACCGGUUUGGUUUGACAUCGUGUAGUUUUGUAGAGGCUUACCGGCCAUUGCCCCAAGGCGAAGUUCAACUCGGCAAGAAUGAUCAAUCGGAGUUGGCACCAGAACAAGUGUUUGUGUCUAGACAAGCGUUUGCAAGCUGGGAAGUCUGCGUGGAACUGAGAGCUCAUGCUGAUUACCUUAUCGAGGUCAACGAACUUUUGCUGUACAACGAAAGGAAGCGUGCUAGAGAAGAGGUGGCAAACGGAAUAAUGGACCAAGACAAGUCAUCUGAUGAGGAUCAGGAUCGUGAUGGAAAGAUCCCUGCGACAGGGUCAACAUUGGAUUUCCUCAAUUUACUGUCUGUAGAUGGAAGGAAAGCACUGGUGACGGCGUUUAUGGAUUCCGAUUCUCGUCAGCUGAUGCAAUCCACAUCAUACCCUGAAAUUGCGAAGGUCGAACAAGAGCUUGAAGGAGACGUUCAAAACCUUUUCGAGGUAGCUCCAGGUGCCACUUCUCAUCCAAUGAAGACAGAAUGCGAGGAAGUGUUGUGCAUCAUGGCUGCGCUUAUCAAGCACAUUCUCAAGUGGAGAAUUGGCAGUAUCCCUCUUUCUCAUUUGCGAGCUACCGUCUCGAGGCCUUGGUUGCGCCACAUGAGCUAUGAAGCGUGCCUGUCAUAUGUACUUUGGGAUUGUAUACCGAUUUUGGAACGCCGAGGCUUUUAUGCAUUUGCUUUUCAAUCCCUCGAGUUGCUUCGUUCCGGCAGAUGCGUUCCAGAAUGUCCAGCGCUAGCCCAGGGGGGAGUGCUGGGGCAGCUGAAAGUUAUGGCAAGCACCAAAGGGGAACGGUUGAAGGAAGCUUUUGCUCGGUUUCUGCUUUCGAGACGAGCUCGCGGGAAAGCGAUGGACCGCUUGGUAGUAGAUGGAAGCCAUAUCCUACGCAGGGAGCUGAAAGCAAUAGACGCCGCCGAAGCGGGAAAGAAGAAGGGGAAGAAAAAGAAAGGUUCGAGCGGGAAUCCUGUGGCGGACACUGUUGCCAGUUUCAGCCGAGAAGCCCUCCUCGGCGUCUUGGCGACCGCUUCCAUUUCUUUCGCCUCAGUUCGAACGCUUGCAAGGCGCAUCAGGCAACCGCUAUUAAAGACGAUUGAAUCGCUGGAACCCAGCCAGGAGGCUCAAGAGUUGGGCCUUCGCCUGGGGUGCCCCAAGUUAGGGCGGUUCGUUGAAAACGCAAAAAAGUACAGCGAUUGGGUUCCGCAAACAGACCACGCUGUGGCCAAUUCAGUAGCCAUCGAGGAAAGCAUGGUCGGUCGGCGUUGCAGCUUUGUUGGCCACGAAGACGACGAAAAACGCAGCACUCCUUCUUCACUCAAUGUUGAACAAUUAGCAAUGGAGUUUUACGCAAGCGGGCGUUUGCCAAAAGCGCAGAGUGAUGGAGAGGUGAAGGGGGGAUGGAAGGGCUGGCACGACGAAGGGGGGAUGGUUCGCGCACUUUUUCGUGUCCUUUCACACCAUGUUCUCGAGAUGGACUGGGCAUGUCGACAUGCAAUUGAGGGCGACAGUUCGGCGUCGGAGUUGAGCACCAUUCAUCUCUCGCCAUACCAAGGGGCCCCCUUUGAUCUACAUGUUGGCUAUGAGCUUUCGGACGAUCCUUUCCACGGGGUCGAGAGUGCUUUUAGUGUCAAUCGUGGUUUCUACCUUCGCAGGCGGGAAAAGAUCGAUGGCUUUCUGAAAGCUUUGGAGGCAAUGUCACGGCAAGAAGUCAGUGAUCUCGUCUGGCAUUCCAUCUCGGCACGUCAUCGCUACAUGUCUGCAAGGUUUCAAAAAGACCCGUCCAUUGAAAAGGAUGUACUUCAAUGCCGGACGUUGUCGAUGGUGGCAGCAGCUUUGGCGGGAAAAAUGCACAUCCCCAAUGUUCUCCGUGUCCUAAAUCUUUGA